CUCGACCAAUCCGCCCUAUUCAGAGUCGAAAAGAAGAUGAUGUGCUUCGGUAAUGGUGAACGUCGACUAUGGAAACGAGUAAUGUGUGUUUUCCCCCCGCUUGUAACCAUGUGCAUAUUCGUAAACGUAUACAUAUACAGACUUGAGCUAAAGACUAAUAAUAUUCAGAUGAAAACAGUGAAAUACAAGGUGGCCGUGCUCGUUCCUUUCCGAGACUGUCAUGAGGAAUUGCAACAAUUUGCACCACACAUUUUUAAAUAUCUGAAUGACAGAGCCAUUCCACAUAGAAUUUAUGUGAUAAACCAAUUGGACAACUUCAGGUUCAACAGAGCAGCACUAAUCAACAUCGGUUUUCUAAAUAUGGAUUCAGACUGUGAUUAUAUAGUCAUGCAUGACAUUGACCACUUAGAAGUUAAUCCGAACUUCGACUUCGGAUACCCUGGUAAAGGACCAGUCCAUUUAUCAUACUCAAAAUAUAAGGGACAUGUUGGCGGAGUGCUUGUAAUGACAAACGAACACUUUAGGAUGCUGAACGGCAUGUCCAACGAUUUUUGGGGCUGGGGUAAAGAAGAUGAUGAUUUAUACCAACGGAUGCUGAAAGUGGGAUUACAAGUUAGUCAGCCAGUUGCAUCGAAUUGGAGCAAUUUUCGAUAUAUACAUAACGUGGAGAAACGGUCGAGAGACAAAGCAACCUAUUUCAACCAAAAUAGAUUCAGGUCAAUUUUUAACAUGCGGUCUGGAUUAAACAGCACAAAGUAUACCCUACAGAGUCGGAACACAAGCGUUGUGAAUGGAACGACUGUACAUUUUAUAAAUGUCAUUUUACAUUGUGACUUACAAAAAACUCGUUUUUGUCUUAAGGGAAAGUAACUUUUAAUAUCAAAAUAACAAAGCAUGUGAAUGUUUAUAAUAUUGAUGUGAAAAGGUGGUGCUAGGCAAACAACGAUAGGUCUGAGCAUAACGUGGCCGAAAGAAUAUUGUAGAUUUUUCUGAUCUCAAGGAUCCCCGUAUCACUGCCAAAAACCGUGACUAAGUGAUGGAAACUGUUGGUUUCCGGCAGGGUUAUAGCUUUGAUAAAUUAUUCAUGAAAAAAAAGCGGCACUUAACUGAGAAAUUAAUAAUGAAGGCGACUUACACAAACUUAGGACGGUCUGUUCUUUUUGCAAUUUAUUUUAAUAUAUGACAUUUGGCAUAACUCGUUAAAAGGUUUAAUUAAUUGGGGGCUUGUUAAUUUUGCUGUGAUUCUUGUUCUUAUUAUUAAUAGGUACUUCAAACAGAUGAGGGGACUUAUGGCAUUUGCAACAUUUCUUCUUUUAGGUUUCAUUUUUAUACAACAUUUUAUCUUGUGUGCUACAAAAAUGAAUAAAGGGAUUUCAUGUUUUAAAUUUGAAGUACAGUACAGAAGACAAACUGUCUCAUUCCUUUGUUGUUGAUUUUGUUAUACUGGCAUCAACUUAUAAAGUGCAAUGCAAUUCACUUGCAUUUUACCAUUAUAUGUUGUCAGGUUAGGUCAUAAUAGGACAGAGGUAUUUGAAGCAUCAUAAAACGUUUCUGUUUUGCACUUGUACGCUUUGAUGUCUGUCUAAUUAUUUAACUUGGCAUUCCAGUGGUCAUCCAAAAAUAGGAUCGCAUUAUCUGGAGUUUGUCUUUUCUUAGUUUUUUGUUAACAUAUCAAACGGGAACACAGGGUUUGUAAAUUACACCUUGAUGUUUAAAAAAAUCAUGGCAAAAUAUUCACAUUCAAAUAUUGCAAAUAAAUCUCCAGAGUUAGGACUCAACCACGAGGUAAAUUUUUGUACCAUUAUUGUGUAUGUCUCUUUAAGUCAAGCAAUCACAUACACAUGAAUGGUUGCUAGGGUUGCAGCGAUA